AUGACGUUGAUAUACAUUUCUGACCAAAAACAACACGUUUCCGUGCUGACGUCGACGCGAGGUGAGGGCCUCAUCCCGCCUCCACCGCUCAUCACCGACCAGCCCUACUUCGACUCAACAAUGCUCAAGAACCAGACAGCUCACGUAGGCCGCCAGGCAGAGUUACACUGUCGCGUCCACUCCAUCGGCAACAGAACGGUGUCGUGGAUCCGUAGGCGCGACCUCCGUAUCCUGACGGUGGGUCGGUACACCUACACGACGGACCUGCGCUACGAGGUCCUCCACCAGAACGGCACCAAUCAGUGGACCCUGAGAAUUAAGUCUGCUCAGCCCAGAGACCAGGGCAACUACGAGUGUCAAAUUAGCACCAAGCCCAUGAAGGCCUUCACCACCUACCUCAGGGUGUUGGAACCUCGUGGGGAAAUCCUGGGGUCACCUGACCUCUACGUGCAGAAGGGAAGCAUGAUCAACCUGACCUGCAUCUUGCAUGACCUGCCUGAACCUCCCGCCUACGUGCGUUGGUACCACAGCAACAAACAUCACAGCAACAGGAACAUCAGCUACAGCAGCAGCCGCGGCGGGGUGUCCAUGAUCGUGGAGAAGGGCCCUACCACCAUCAGUUACCUGUUGAUUACCUCCGCCAGGGUUCAGGACACGGGCGUCUACACCUGUGCCCCUUCCAACCAUAACGCCACCAUCAUCACUCUCCAUGUCCUAAAUGGCGAGCACCCGGCGGCCAUGCAGACCAACAGCUCAGCGGACCACUACAAGAGCGUCGCCCUCAUGAUGGUGUCUGUCUUAGUGAGAAUACUGUGGCACGCUUGGCUCACCGGUACUUAACGGACUUCUCAAGCACCGGAGAGAGCAGACUUGUGGAGAACGUGUGACUUUUAUUCUCCUUAUCCUCUCCCCCUCCCCGCUCACUGACCUCUUACGCUGUGUGAUGAUUACUGUGACCUUUGACCUCCCACAACCACCCCUCACUCCCCUACCCUCUCUGUGACCUAUCACCUCCCUCACUCACUCACUCAUAUCGCUACACGACCCACCCUCCUCUCCCCAGCCCCCCACCAGACCCACUCCCGCCCACACUCCAACCCACUUAGAAUGACCCCAAGUGUUUUGUACAUACCACGUAAGCUUCACCUUUCACUCACUUUGUGCUCACUUCUACUCUCUCUCUCUCUCUCUCUCUCUCUCUCUUCCCUUACUUUGGUGUGUUCUGUGCUCGAAUACGCUCGUUCUGAAGCAGCAGCUGUAGAUGAAGGAGACGAAGAGAAGGUUGAUAAAGGAAAGGAGAAGCAGAUGAAGUCGAAGAAGAAGGAAGAGGAGGAGGAGGAGGGGAUAAAGAAGAUGGGGAAGGAGUGACA